AUGCAAGUUACAGUUCUUGUCGGCAUUGCCCUUGGGGCGGCCGUCAUAGUCAUGCUCAUCAAUAAGAUUCAGUUGAGUCUUCGUCACAGAGCAAUGGCCAAGCAGCUCGGCUGCAAACCUCCAGUGCAGGCGCCUUCAACUGAGCCCAGCGGCGUCGUCGCCAUGUUCCGUGGGGCACAAGCUUCCAAGGAAAAGCGAUUCCCUCAGUUUGUCCAGGAGCAGUUCGACAAGUUGAACGAGCGUGAGGGCCGACAAGUUGGCACUUCAACGCUGGUCACGCCAUUUUUCAAGAAGAUCAUCUUCACCUCUGAUCCUCAAAAUAUCCAGGCCAUGCUAGCACUGAAGUUCAAAGAUUUCGGUUUGGGUGUGAACCGUACUGACAAUUUCAGACCACUUCUCGGGAAUGGCAUUUUCGCUGCCAACGGCAAGCAAUGGGAACACUCUAGAGCCCUUCUCCGACCACAGUUUGUCCGAAGUCAAGUUAGCGAUCUCGAUCUUGAGGAAGCCCAUGUCAAGAACAUGAUGACAGUACUCGACCGUAACCUCGGCCGCGAUAACUGGACUGGCACCGUGGACCUGCAAGUCUUGUUUUUCCGACUCACACUCGACUCUGCAACGGAAUUCUUGUUUGGCGAAAGCGUCAAUAGCCAGAUCGAUCUUCAGACCGACAUCACCAACAGCGGCAAGGACGACAACAGCUUUGCCUAUGCGUUCGAUCGCUCACAGUAUAUUCUGGCCAUUGCUGCCCGGUUGGGUAACAACUACUGGCUGAUGCACACGCCUGAAUUUCACCGAAUGGUCGACAGAGUCCACAAGUUUGUCGACUAUUUUGUGCAGAAGGCCAUGAACAGCAACGAAAAGCAGAAAUCGGACCACUACGUCUUCUUGCAUGCUCUGUCCGAGCAGACGCAGGAUCCUGCUGAGCUGCGAUCACAACUCCUCAACAUUCUUCUAGCCGGCCGUGAUACGACCGCGUCACUCUUGGGCUGGUUCUUCCAUACCCUGGCCGAUAAGCGGUACGAGCACAUUUAUAAGAGACUCCGCCAGAUUGUGGUUGAUGAGUUUGGUACCUACCAAAACCCUCGCGACAUCACGUUUGAGAGAAUGAAGAGCUGUCAAUACUUGCAAUGGUGCAUCAACGAAGCUCUUAGACUAUACCCUGUUGUUCCCAUGAACGUCCGCACAGCCCUGACUGAUACCACUCUUCCCACGGGCGGUGGCCCCGAUGGCCGGUCACCCAUCUUCGUGCCAAAAGGCACUGAUGUCGGUUACUCGGUAUUCAUCAUGCAUCGCCGAAAGGACCUGUGGGGCCAAGACUGCGAGAUAUUCAAGCCAGAGCGCUGGGAAACUCGAAAACCCGGCUGGGAUUAUCUCCCCUUCAAUGGUGGACCUCGCAUCUGUAUCGGCCAGCAGUUUGCCCUCACCGAAAUUGCCUACGUGUUGGUUCGCAUGCUCCAACGGAUUGAUGCUCUUGAUGGUUCUGCUGCUGGUCCUGUCAAGCACGGUUUGACUCUCACCAACUGCCCGGCUGAUGGAGUGAAGCUUCGUCUUCACUUUGCCGAAUAA